AUGCAAAGUUAAUUGAACAAUUCUGCGGCAGCAGGGAUUCCAGGAGCAACCUAAAAACUUUCCUUUUUAGAUUUCUCUUAAAAUCACUCUAUGAAUAAAGAUCUCUAGAUAAUUUAGCAGAUUCACCAGCAAUCUAAUAGAUAAGAUCCGAACUAGAAAAUAAUAGAAGACUUGCACAAUGUCAUUAGGAUUAAAGCUUUAUCACUGGCAAAGAAAAGAUCAAUUGAGGAUUUAACCUUAAUGGAACUACUUAAUGGAUUUGAUGUAGUCGUAGCUGAGAAGAAGCCAAGAACUGAUAUAGCUAACCAUGUUUACAGACUAAUACUUAGAUAGGAAAGAGAAAAACAGCAGAGCAGUAUUUAGGAUUUAUCAAUGGAGAUUCAGAAUUUACAAAAAACUGAGAAGAAUGACAGCAAAAUUUUGAAAUACGAUACAAAUGUAUCCUCUAAUGGUAAAUAAUUUGAUUUCCAAGGUUCAUUUGGAGAAGAUGAUAGAAACAUAUUUUUCAAUCAGUAAGAAUAAAUAUCAAUCUUGGAAAAAUCUAGCGCUCACAAUACAGGUAGUAAUAUUCCUUAAAGAUCAAGUCAAAAGAAAAGUAUGCAUCAUAAUGAUUUAAGCAACAUCCUUGAUCGAUCGGUCACUCCCAAUUUCAUUAACAAGGACUUAGAUUUUCUGUCGCAAAAUGGCUCACCCACAAAGAAUCCAUUCAACAGAGAUACGAAGCUUCAACUUCCAAAAUUAAACUUUUCAGGUUUGUUGAAGUAAUCACCAGGCAAUAGUAGCAAUAAGAGAUCUUAGAGCGUAAGCUACUAUUCAAAGGAGAAAGCUAUUGAUUCAGAUAGAGCUAUAGCUUUUGCCUACUACACAAGAAAGCUGUUGUUAAAUGGAUGGAGAGCUUUUUACAACUAUAGACUAGAGAAGGAUAAUUAAACUACGAUGGAACAAAUAGCUCAGUAAAGGUACACUAAAAAUAUGAAGAAAAAGUUAUUCAAAGCAAUCCAUCGUCAAGCUAAGUAGCAUUAUGGUCAUGCAGCUGAUAGUAGACGUGCUAAAGCUGUAAUUAGUUUCAAGUUAGGAAUAAAAUAUCUAAAGAUUUGGCGAGAGAAUAUGAGAUAAAGCAUACAGGAAAAUUAAUUACUUAAACUAGCAAAACAAAGGCAGAGAUAUCAGAGAAAGACUAUGAUAGCUUUGAAAUAUUUUGUAAAGCAUAGACGUGAAUUAAGACGCAGUCUCUUUAUCUCAAAAGACCACAAUUAAAAAAGACUCAAGAGGCAAGGUCUGAACGGCUUUAUCUCAAAUAAGAUUGAAGUAUCUAAAUUUAGAGAAAUGAGAUAAAUAGCUGAGGCUGUCCGUGAAUUUAAUUUAUAAAAAGUUGCGCUAAUGUAGUUCAAGAAAUUCAUGCUUGGAAGACUCUAAUAUUUGAGAUUAAAUGAAUAUGCCAAGAAUUAUUACAGGCUAGUCUUAAUUAAACAGUCAUAUGAUUUAAUGAGAAGUUACACCUAAGUAAGCCAAGGGGAAAAUCGUCAGCAGUACUAUAUUGAUGUUUUUUAUCAGAAAAAGAUUAAGUUCAAUUUAUUCUAGUUCCUGCUAGCCUCUAAUUACAUUAUUUCUGAGAAGGAGUAAAAUAUUAUUACCAUGAAAGAUAGACUUAGAUUGAGAAAAUACUUUAAUGCUAUAGGUGAUAAUAGAAGAUAAAAACGUUUAGUCAGAGUACCAAGAUCUCUGAGUUUUUACUAUUUCUCCUAAAUUCUCUUAAAUCAUUCAUUUAGUAAGCUUUUAGAUGAGCCUUAAGAUUAGACUUUGGUUUAAUACUGUGACUUUAUGAGAAAAAGUAAAGUUGAAUAUUAUCAGAAAAUUGGUAAAUAAGCUCAGAGAAAUCUUAAAGCAUACUAUUUAAGUAAUGUAUUUAGUGCUUGGAAAAAAGAAUACUGCCAAGUCUCUUAAAUGAAGAAAAAAAGAAAGGCCAAAAUAAAGUACUAGAUUGUUAGACAUCUUAGAAUGAAGAGUCAAAAGAACGGUAAAUAUAGAUUCUUACUUAGUAGAAUGAUCAAGAUCAAAUCAAAUGAAAAAACUUUGAAAAUAUUUAGGGCAUUAUUAGCAAAUCACAAACAAAAUAAGCUUUAAAGAUAAAUAUUGAUAAGAUUAACGUAACAUAGACAAGGCAAAAAGCUUAGAAAGGUGUUUCUUGCCCUAAAAAUUUUUACCAAACGCUAGCAAUUUAGAAAUAAUCAAAAACUAGCAGCAGACGAGGUAAAUCAUAACAGAAAACUUGAACAACCAUUUUUAAAAUGGAGAAAAUUAUUUCUUUACCACUUUAAGAAAAGAGAACUCAAGGAAAAUCAAGAUAAUUUUUUGAGGAGAAAGCUACUCACAAAGUAUCUUAACUAAAUAGUAACUAUCUAUUCAAAAGCGACUUCUUAUUCUUAUAAUCUUAAGAAUCUAUUAGACUAAAAAAGGAGAAAACUUAUAAAGAAGGCUCUAUGUGGGUUCCUUUAAAAUAUACUUAUGAAAACUCAUAGUAAAAAUUAGUUAAAAACAGCAUUAAGAUACAGAAAGCACAACUUGCUUAUUAAGUCUGUGAAGAUUUGGUAGUAUAUGCUACCAGAGUUUAAGCAAAAAAACUCACUAUAUAAGAUUAUUAGAGGUGAUAAGUACUAGAAAUCGACAGCCAAGAUUUUCAAUGCUCUGAAAUUAUAUUAUCACUUUAGACUGAACAAGAAAACAGUUGAUCACUUAAUGAUGAGAAAUGUGCAGUUAGUCACAAUUAAGAGAUAUAUGAAGACUUGGAAUGGAUCAAUCAACAAAAGAACUGGCUUAAGAUUGCUUGAAAAUCUGUUUGAUAAACAUAGAAAACAAGAAUUUUAUACCAGAGUUCAGAGAAAAGCUAAAUAUGAGGAAGGAGUUGUUACUCAUAUGAAUAUCUUCAAUAUGUUUAAGUUGCUCGAAUUAACUUUCCUUAGGGGUUUAAAGAAGAAUGUUGAGAAUAAAUACAGAUGGGUUGAAGGAAUAGUUUCAACUCAUGAGAAAAGUUUAGUAUUUUAGAAGAAGUAAUAUCUGAGAAUGUGGAGAGAGUAAUUUUAGGCGAAUGUAAAGGGGUAUAAAACAACCCAGUUUCUAAUUGUCCAAGUAAAGAACCAAAUAAUCAAAAAAUAUUUCAAAGUACUUAAAGACAUGAUGAUAAGAAAUAAGAUUGAAAGAUAAUAAGUUGCUAUUAAGAAAGCUGAUAUCAAAGUUAAGUCUUUCUAAGCCCUUAGGAAAGUGGUAUAGAGCAGAGUGAAUUGCAAGAAAUAGCAUAAAUAUCUAUAAAAGUAUCAAAGAAAGAAGGCUCUUAGAAAAACCCUAGGAAUAUGGAUAAAUGAACUUAGUGAAUAAAAUACAGUUAGAAAUUUUGUGAUUAAUAGAUAGAGUAGACUUGCAUACUUCAUUAUUCAUAAAUGGAGAGAAAAUAUCUCUCAAAGAGCUUAACACAGUCAAAUUCUAAGAGUAGCUAUAGGAUCUAUUGGGUCUCUUAUGCUAUAGCAAUACUUUAGGCAAUUCAAAUAGUACGUAGAAUUCAAGAAAAAUUCUCAAUCAAAGACCUCAUAAGUUAAAUCAUUUGUAAGAGAAGGUAUGAAAUAAAGAGUAUUGAACGGAUUUAAACAAUACAUAACAUAAAACUAUUAAUAAAUCUAAAAAAUCUAGUAUAUCAGGAAGAAGGUUUAAUCAAGAGUUAGAAAUUAAUUCUUCGAUAAAUGGAUUGACAUAUUCGAGCCUUAAUUAAUAAAGAUAAGAGUUUUAAAAAGAUUAGGUUAGAUUUCUUAAAUUGGAUUAUUGAGACAAAAUUUAGGUGAAUGGAUUAACUUCACUUAGCAGUCCUAGAUUAUUGAGUCAAUAGGUGAGAGACAGCAUCAUAUCAAGACUAUGAUUUAGAAAUAAGCAACUUUAAGGCAACUUAAACAGUUUAAAUAAAGAAGAAUUAUUCAAAGAGAUAGAGUUAGGACCAUCAAUGACUACUGGGCUAAGAAAACUUAGCUUAAACUAUUAACUAUGCUGAGAUACUGCGUUAAACUUGUUCAGCAUAGAAGAUACAGCUAGCACAAAGCCUAGAGCUUUUACAUUGACAAACUCCAGAGAAAAUCAUUGAUAUCUUUAGCAUAUUAGACCUAAAAAAAUGAGUUAUUCAGACAGUUGACAAAUCAACUUCACUAUAAUCUAAGAACUAUAAAUGCUCCUAGGUUCCUUGAAAAGCUUAGACAUUACACAUACUAGUAAAAAGAGCAAAAGAUAAAAGACUAAUUUGCCUUGACAUUUAUGGGAUAAAGAUUGAAACAGAUAGCAUUAAAAUCAUUGAUUUGGAAUGUGAUAGUGCAUAGAGAAAGAAAGAAUUUAUGUAAUAGAGCAGUAAUAUUUAGAUGUGAGAAGCUAAUAAGAGAAAGCUACCAGGCUAUUAAGAUCUUUUCUUUCUCUUAGCAAAUCAAGGCUAAGAAAAGAAUGCUGAUGAGUAAUACAAUCAUCAAAAUGGAUUAAACUCACUCUAUUCGACUGGCUUUUGACUCUCUAAGAUUUAGUAAGGAUAUUGAAUAGGAUAAAAGGCUGCAGUUUAGAGGAUAAAUUGUUCUCAGUCAAGCAAGAAGAAUCUUCUUCAAUUGGAGAGCAUUAAAAGAUUAUAAAAAAGGAAUAAAGUCCAUUGGGAAGCAAGUUUAUAAAAGGCAUAAAAAAAUUAGCCUCCAGAAACUUAUGAUCAUUUGGAUGAGAGCUCUUAAUAAUGAGGCUAAGGUCAAAGUUAUGCAAAGAAAUCAAGCAAAUAAGAUGAGAUCAGCAAUCCUUUCCAUUUUAUAGAGGAAAAGCUCAUUAAAGCAGUUUCAAAGAAUUAAGUUGACAAAUAAGGCUUAUCUAUACUUGUAGAUAGCUCUAAAUUCUUUGAAGAACUAUACAUUGAAACAGAAAAGGCUUAGAAUUGUUGAAGAUGAUCUAGUUAGAAAAUACAUGGAAACAUAACUCAGCAAGUCAUUUAUGGGACUUAGAUAUCAAACACUCAUUAUGAAAAAUCAAAGAGUAUUGUAACAGAAAAAAAAUCGCUUCCUUGCUAUAAAAUCAUAUAAUGGAUGGAAGUAUACGAUAAUAUUAGAGAAGACCCAAAGAGAUUAUCAAAAUCUCAAAUACAAGUAAUCUAUAAGCAAAACUUUCUGUAAUUGGUUUAAUCUAUUCAAGUACCAAUCCACCAAAAGAAGCAUGCUCAGUAAAAUAAUAGGGAAAAAAGACUCGAACAGUAAGUUACAUUUAUUCAAGAGAUGGUAGAAGUAAGCUUACUAGGGUAAGUUUGUAGAUCUUCUUUAGGUGCAUUAUACCUUCCCUCACUAGAGAUAUGUUGCUUAGAGAUGCAUCUAGAACUGGAGAAAAUAUGCUUCACUUUAGAGCAAUAGAGAAGAACUGGUUGAAUAGGUUUAAAAUUUAUCAGCUAGUUUACAAGCCAGAAGUGUCCUAAGAAAAUGGUAUCAAGCAUCUCUCCCUAAUAUGCCAGCUAGAAUUAUGGAAUAGAGACUAACUAGUGCUGUUAAUAGACUUUUGAAGAUUAAAGCUCUUUAUCUCAUUAGUGUUCAAGGCCAUAGAAACUAAUACCUAUCUGAGAAUUUAGAACAAAUUGAAGAGAGAAGAGUUACCGAAGUAUUGAGAUAAAAUUUUACUGAAUGGAGGAAGUAGUUUGCAGCUUUGUAACUUCAAAAAGUAAUUGAGAUUAAAAGGGCUCGCAAUACAAUGAAAUAAUGUUUGAUUGCUCUUGGUCUGAAUGCUUAGAAUAACCUCGAGGAGAAGGUUUAUCAGAGUUAGAUUCAUGACUAUGUCUCAUAAACUUCCCUAAAGACCUAAAACAACUUGAUCAGAACUUUCUCAUCUUAUGGAGUUAGAUUAAACUCUGAUGCUCUCAUGAAGAAAUAUUUCCUUAAAAUGAGAGAGGGCUGUUAUAAUCUUAGAAAGAUUAAUCAAGACAAGUUCAAAUCAGUUUAGUAUUUCAAAUAUAAGUCCUAUGUAAAGUAUUUCUAUCACAUGAUGCAGACAUUUUACUUAGCAAAUGAAGAUAGAGAGCAUGAGAGAAGAGGUUAUCAAGUUUGGAACAUCAAAACAAAGAGAAGAGUGAUUAAUGGGUUUAUCUUGAAUACUUUUAAAUAGAGAAAGUACAGAAAUGCGGAUACCUAUUACAAUUGCAAGCUUUUGACCCAGUCACUUAAUGCCUUUAGUAAUAAUUUGGAUUUAACAAGAAAGAAGUCUCACUUAAACACUAUAAUGAUGUAUAAUCUGAAGAAAAAAUGCAUUUAGCUAUUCAAGAUAGCUUUUACUCAAUGGAGAGUCAAGUUUGAGCACAGAAAGUUUGGCAAAGAAGCAGUCUGUGAGUACUCUAGCUUUAGAAAUAUGAAGCUUAAAAGAAUGGCUUUUGAUUACUUCAAUGCUAUCAUUCAAUAGAAGUUACAAAUCAAGGAUAUGGUUACUAAAGCUCAAAAGUAUUUCGACAAGAAGCAUUACCUUAAAUUAGCUCAUACUACUAUUUAUGCUCUUAGAGACCAUGCUGCUAGGAAGGUCAAUAAAAAUGAGCAGUUCUAGGAGAGAGAACUAAUGGCUUUGAAAUUUUACGCUCUUAAUUUAAUGAUAUCACAUCUUAGAGCCUGGAAAAGAGAAGUUAGAGUUAAUAGGAACAGACAAAAGAGGUCAAAGAUGUAUGCCAUUUAUUCAGCAUGGAAAUUUUAUACGAAGGAAAGAGUGCUUUUGAAAAAAUAUCUUUUGGAAUGCAAUGGAGGAGUCAUGAUUCAGUCCCAAAAUAUAGACCCAAAUAUGAUGUCAACUUAAGAAAUGAGAGAUAAUGUUACAAGAUUCAGCAAUCUUCAAAGUAACUUUGGAGAAAGCAUGAGCAGUGGAGCGCCCUAUAAUAGCAACUCAUAGGAGAGAAAGGUUUUAGGCCAAAACGCUAACAUUCUUAACUUUGCAAGUCCUCAGUUCUCUAAAGCUGCCAGCAUCUCAGCCUAUAGCAGUAAUAAGCCUUAGGCCAGAAACACAGGCAGUAGCCAUCAAGCAAGAAGAAUCAGACAAUGA